AGGCGAUGAAUGCGACACGGAUUUGGGCAGCCUGCAAAACCACGACACGAUCGAGCGCCUCGCCACUCUCGGCGGCGCCGGAAACGGUCCAGCGUGCGCGUGGCGGCUGGCGAGCAGGAGCAUCCGCCGCGUGUUUGAUUUCCACGCGCGCGAGCUAGCUCUGACAGUAGACGUUGCAGUUGCAGAAGAACCCCGCCAAAGACGCCCAACCUUCUACAGCGCCAAUGGAUCCAUUUUGAUGCAUCGAGCCUGUGCUGUGCUGUGCUGCACUGCUGCGCUGCCAGAUCUGACCUUGUUCGGGCGGUAUCUCUGAUCUCUCUCUAAGCUAGGUCGCUAGCUCCUUGCAUCGAUCAUGGCAGCGGCGGCCUUCCAAUCCCAGGCGGAUGCGCUGUUCAGGAAAAAUCUCGCGAUCCAGAGGCGCGCUUACAAGACGAACUGCUGCCUGAUCCUGUUCCCGGUGCUCGUCUGCGGCCUGCUCGGCGGCCUGCAGACGUUCAUGGACACGCUGUUCAACACGGACGACGGCUACAAGCCCGACUGCAAGGGCUGCGCCGGCGGCGGCGUGCGCGUGCGCCUCAGCGAGGACGCCGUCGGGGGCCUCGCGUGCUCCCAGAGCUGCCCGCUGCCGGCGGCCCAGCGAUGGCCCGUCGCGCUGCUGCUUCCCGCCGGCGGGGCGGUGGACGUCCUCCCUGACCUCUCCGCCCUGGCUGGGACUGGGAUGAAGGAACCGCCGCCGUGCGUCAGCCCCGAGUCGUGCACGGCGCCAGCCAAAUUCCUCGUCACCGGCGGCAACAAGUCAUUCGCAGAAAGUCUCGCGGCCAACAUGUUCCCGCCACACGCAUCGCCGAAGCUGACGGCUGACAUUUCCGGCUUGGCUGAUUAUGCGCUGGCAAUAGAGGGAUCAAGUUUUGGUACUAAUACUUAUGGCGCCGCCUUCGAUAUGGCGGGCCUUUAUUUUCUUCAGAGAAAAUGCACUCCGAACUCAAUACUUUCUUUCCCAGUUCAGUACGGUCCAAAAAUGGGCAUCCAAGAAGCAAGAUGUACUCAAGGAUUGUUUGAAUGGCGAGAGAAUUCAGUAUCCAUGAACAAUGAACUGUAUAGAGGCUUCAGAGCUGACAAAACCAAAGAAAGGAUAGAGAACAAGAACGACAUUGUUUCAGCAUAUGACUUCACAAGCUCAGACCUCAAGCACUACAACAUGGUUCUCCAAUACAAUCCUGAUGAAUCAAACGUGCUCCGGGUUCCACGCUUAAUGAAUCUGGCCUCAAGUGCAUACCUUCGGUUGAGGGGUAAUGAUACUAAUAUGCGGUUUGUGUUUGUUAAAGACAUGCCUAGAGAUGGUCAUCCUAUGAAGGCUCCUGACAUGUCUUUUAUAGUUGGGAAGAUGGUUUUUGUAUGGAUUAUAAUGCUCCUUUUCCCGGUCAUCCUGAGCAGUUUAGUGUAUGAGAAACAACAGAAGCUAAGGGCAAUGAUGAAGAUGCAUGGUUUAGGGGAUAUGGCAUAUUGGACUAUAUCUUAUUGCUACUUCCUUGUCAUAUCAUUACUUUAUAUGUUCUUGCUGGUUGUAUUUGGCGCCGUCGUUGAUAUAAAGUUAUUUGCAGUGAACAGCUACGUGCUACAAUUCUUACUAUAUUUUAUCUACAUGAACUUGCAAAUUUCAUUUGCGUUCCUCAUGACAACGUACUUUUCUACUUCCGCAACAGCUACCGUAACAGGAUACCUCUAUGUUAUUGGGUCUGGCCUCAUAGGAGAAUAUCUGUUCAGGCCUUUUGUCGAAGACACCUCCGUCUCAAGAAGCCUGAUUACGCUGAUGGAGUUCUUCCCACCAAUGUCUCUGUACCGCAUAAUCUACGAGCUCUCUCCACCUCCAUCGCCGUCGGGGCCUUUCUCGGACUUCUCCGGCGUACGCGUGGGAGACCUGAGCGACCCUGAGAACGGGAUCUUGGUCCUCAUGGUCGUGAUGGUUCUUGAGUGGCCUACGUUUCUUUUCCUGACAUUGUAUCUGGAUGGAUUUGGCUGGCUCCAAACUAGAGUUAGAAAGCUGCCGCCGGCGGCGGCGGCAUCUUCUCAUCAGACCCUUCAGAAGCCGUCCACCACACGGCCUCAAGAACGACCCGAAGCUUCGAUUGAAAUAGACGGGACGACAGAUAUCCCGGGAGAGGUAGCGCGUGCAUGCGCAGAGAGAGAGAUAGUCGACAGGUUCUUGCAGCAACCGGACCAGAGCUACGCAGUCAUAGUCGACAACGUCAGGAAAGUGUACCCUCCGAGAGACGGAAACGCAGAGGUGGUCGCAGUGAACGGCUUCUCGCUCUCCAUCAAACGCGGGCAGUGUUUCGGACUCCUUGGCUCAAACGGCGCCGGAAAAACCUCUCUCAUUGGCAUGCUGACUGGGUUCACUAAACCUACAUCCGGCACGGCUUAUAUUGAUGGGAUGGACAUACGAACAGACAUGAGCGAGAUCUACACGAGAAUAGGCGUUUGUCCGCAAUUCAACUUGCUAUGGGAAACACUGACCGGCCGUGAGCAUCUGAUGUUCUAUGGCAGACUAAAGAGACUGAACGGCGCUGCAUUAACUGAGGCUGCAGAACAAUCUAUGAAAGUACUGAAGAUAUUCGAGGGCGGUGUCGCCGACACGCUGGUUUCACAGUACAGCGGUGGCAUGAAACGCCGCCUCAGCGUCGCUAUCUCUCUGAUCGGGGACCCUAAGGUGGUGUACUUGGACGAGCCAAGCACAGGGUUGGAUCCAGCGUCAAGGAGCGCCUUGUGGGACGCUGUGAAGCUUGCCAAGAAGGACAAAGCCAUCAUUCUCACAACGCAUUCCAUGGAGGAGGCUGAGGCUCUGUGCGACCGGAUCGGAAUAACCGCGCAUGGACGUCUCCGCUGCACCGGAACCUCCAAAGAGCUGAAGGCCAAGUACGGCGGCACGUUCGUGUUCACGGUGACGACGGCGGCGGCGGGCGAGGACGAGGCGGUGGAGCGGCUGGUCCGCGGCUCCAUCUCGCCUGACGCCAAGCGGACGUACCACAUCGCCGGGACGCAGAAGUUCGAGCUGCCCAAGCAGGGGGUCAGGAUCGCCGAGGUCUUCCGCGCCAUGGAGCAGGCGAAGCGCUCGCUGAGCAUCGCCGCCUGGGGCCUUGUCGACACCACGCUCGAGGACGUCUUCAUCAAGGUUGCUGCUUGCUAAGGAGAGAGAGAGACCGAGAGAGUGCGCGCGGAAUGCCCUGGAUGCGUCGUAGUCGUCGUAGAGCCGGGAUCGCCACCAAAAGCGUGCAGCGCUUGCGGAUACGCCCAUACGCUUCUGCAACCCAACUGAAGAUUGCUCCCCCCUCUCCGUUAGUAGGAUAUACUAACAACUCUACAAUCA